AUGGCCUCCACACCACCAUCGAAAACCCCGCCCACGUCCGGCGCGAACGCGGCCGAGGAAGCGAACCUCACCCGCAACAGCAGCGCAACACGAGUCGGCCCGAGCUUCGACGAAAAGCCGGAACGACCAAGGGAGAAGGAAGAAGCUCCGACCGGUGGCUUUUUCCAAGACGCACCAGGCCGAGACGAGGAGUCCGAGGGCACGACUACCCACGAGAACAUCACCUCGAAGAGCAACCAACCGCAGUACACCCCAGAUGGCAAGCGCAUCAUCACCGAGGAUGAAUGCUAUCACCUGCUCGGCUACUCGUGGCCCUCGUGGAAGAAGUGGAUGCUUCUCUCGUCCAUCUUCGCCGUCCAGGUCUCGAUGAACUUCAACACAAGCGUCUAUCCGAGUGCUGUUACGCCGCUCAGUGAGCACUUUGCAGUCAGUGAGCAGGCUGUUCGUGCAUCACAGUGUGCGUUUCUCGUGCUUUACGCUUUCGGCUGCGAGCUUUGGGCGCCAUGGAGUGAGGAGUUUGGACGAUGGAAGAUCUUGCAGUGUUCCCUGCUCCUGGUAAACAUUUGGCAAAUCCUCGGUGGGCUCGCACCCAACUUUGCUUCCAUCGUUGUCGCUCGAGGCCUUGGCGGUCUGAGCUCAGCAGGAGGCAGUGUCACAUUGGGAAUGGUGGCAGACCUCUACCAACCCGAUGACCAACAGUGGGCAGUCCUCUUUGUCGUUCUCUCCUCCGUAUUCGGUACUUCUGUUGGGCCUGUUGUCGGCGGCCCCAUUCAAGCCUUCCUGCCGUGGUACUGGAACUUCUGGAUCCAGCUCAUCUUUGGCGUCACUGUUCAGGCUGUUCACUUCUUCAUGCCUGAGAGUCGCUCCACUAUCCUCAUGGACAGGGAAGCAAAGCGCAAGCGCGAGGCUGGCAUCGACACGAACGUCUAUGGCCCCAACGAGGUCAAGAAGCCCCGACUCUCCGCCCACGAGUUCGCGAUCACUUGGAUUCGACCUUUCGAGAUGUUCCUGCGAGAGCCUAUUGUUCUUUCUUGCUCUCUCCUUUCUGGUUUCUCUGACGCUCUCAUCUUCACUUUCCAAGAGGGAUUCAACCCAGUUUUUGAGAAGUGGGGUUUCGGCGUCCUCGAGACGGCGUGGGCUUUUAUUCCGAUCAACAUCGGAUAUCUGAUUGCCUACAUUUCUUACGUACCCUGGAUCAUUAGAGACCAGAGAGUCAUCAAGGCGAAGGGCUCCGACGCCUUGCCACCUGAGCGUCGAUUGAGAUGGCUCCUUUAUCUCGCGCCUUUGGAGACAAUCGGCUUGUUUGGUUUCGCAUGGACGUCUAUGGGACCCCCUGAGUCGCACUGGAUCGCUCCAAUGAUUUUCUCGUGCCUGAUCGCUAUCGCCAACUUUGCUAUUUACAUGAGUACUGUGGACUACAUGAUUGCUGCUUACGGCCCCUACAGUGCAUCAGCAACAGGAGGUAAUGGCUUCGCCAGAGACUUCCUCGCCGGCAUUGCGGCCAUGUACUCGACACCACUCUACGAGAACAUUGGCAAGACGCGUCAUACGGAGUACGCGAGCACGAUCCUCGCAUGCCUCGCCUUUCUUGUCACAAUCCCGGUGUACCUCAUUUACUGGAAGGGACCCGUCAUUCGAGAAAGAUCCAAGUUCGCUCAGUCACUCGACGCCGACAGACGCGCCAAGGGUGGUCGUCGAGUCGUCGAUGCUCCCGAGGAGCAGCUUGAGCCCAAGAACCUGUAA